AUCAGCUGUGGCUGUAAUUAAUUACGCUGGUGUCCAUUGUCCGCAUACAAGUUUCAUUUACAUAAAUAUAAAGUAAAUUGGAAUUGUUAAAAUUCAAUUCUUGUUGAGCAUGAAUGACGUAAAACGUUUAAAAGACCAGCAACGCGAUAAACAUCCCGGUUUCGACUCAUACCUCAAUUGCAUGACACGGGCUCUAUUCACCGGUCUGGCGUCAUUUUGUUUAACAUUUUCUGGCUGUUAUUUUUCACAAAAACUGCUGCGUACGAAAAUUCACUACCCCCUCCAAUACAGCGUUUUACUCUCGGCUAUAGUGGCCACUGGUGUGUCAUAUACCACAACCACGACGCGCACUAAAGCCUGUCAAGCAGCUUGGAUGGCAGCCGAAGAUAAACAUACUGUACUAAAGGAGGAUAAAUAUUAAAUAGGAGAUUAUUACAUUAAGCAAACUAAUAAAUAAAUAUUUAGUUAUAAUACCGAAAUGUGGCUCAGAAAUGUUGCGAAAUCUGCAUGGCGCGGAAACUUUACUAUCUGCCAAAGCUC